AUGGAAGCUCACCAGGGCCCCGGCCAGGGCAGCCCAGAGAGCCCCAACCGGGCCGUGGAGUACCUUCUGGAGCUCAACAACAUUAUCGAGAGCCAGCAGAAGCUUCUGGAAACCCAGCGGCGCCGAAUCGAGGAGCUGGAGGUCCAACUGGACCGGCUCAGCCAGGAGAACAAGGACCUGCGUCUGGACCGGCAACCUGUCGUUCCUCCUCCACCUGCUCCUCCUGAGCCUCCGCUCCCUCCUCCUCCACCGCCCCCUCCGCCCGCUCAGACCACAUCAGUGUCUAUUUCAAAGAACCACCACUACCACCACAACAGCCAACACCAAACUCCUCCCCAGCCCCCUUCCUCCAUCUCCCUCCACCACAGCCACCACCACCACCAGCAUCAUCAUCAGCAGUACCACCACCACUCCUCCACCCACCAUUCCUACAACAGCACCAACAGCACCAGUGCGCCUGCGAUCCCGGUUCCUGCUCCAGCGUCAGCCCCAGCCUCCAUGACGAUUCCAGCCCAGAUACCAGGUCCGAUCUCUUCCCCAGCCCCGGCUCCACCUCCCCCUCCUCCCAUCCCUCCUCGGGAUCAGCCGCGGGCCCACAGCCGGCUGUCCCGGGCGUCCUCCACCUCCACCAGCACCGGCACCAACACCAACUUUGUAGAGAAAGAGAAAGAGAGGAUCGAGCACCUGCACAAAGUCAACGCCUCCAACAACCACCACGCCAACACGCUCCACCAUCACAAAACUGUGGAGGGCGAGUCUCAGUGUCCGGAGACGCUCGCUUUUUCUGAUUCGUCCUUCGGCCACCCGCCUCCCUUCCAUCGCUACAGCAACAGCCCCCUCUCCAGCCCCUGUGACCCCUACAGCUCCGCCUCCUCCAGCGGGCCCCUGGGAGCCUCCCACAUACACACUCAGGGCAGCUCUCCCCCCUCCCCCCCCAGCCCGGCGAGCCUUGCCUGGGCUCAGCGGAGUCGACACCAGCCGGCCAGCCUGGCGCUCCGCAAGCAGGAGGAGGAGGAGAGCAAACGCUGCAAGGCCUUCUCCGACAGCUAUGAGCUCUCUACAGACCUCCAGGACAAGAAGGUGGAGAUGCUGGAGAGGAAGUACGGAGGACAGUUUGUGUCCCGGCGGGCGGCGAGGACGAUUCAGACCGCGUUCAGGCAGUACCGCAUGAACAAGAACUUUGAGAGGCUUCGCAGCUCCGCCUCCGAGAGCAGGAUGACCCGACGCAUCAUCCUGUCCAACAUGAGGAUGCAGUACUCGUUUGACGAGCGUCCGCCACAGUGUCAGGGGUCAGCAGGUCAACAGGGGUCAGCAGGUCAACAGGGGUCAGAGGACGCAGGGGACAUGGACGACUCCUUCUCUAAACAAGUGAAAUCUUUGGCCGACUCCAUGGACGACUCGCUCACCUGUCAGUCCGGACGAGAGGACUCACAGGAAGCAGGAGGAGACGAGGACGAGGAGGAGGAGGACGGAGACGAAGAAGAGGAAGAGGAGGAGGAAGAAGGGGAGGAGGACGAGGAGGAAGACGAAGAUGAAGAUUACAGACAGUGUGCGUGGCGCAACACCAACGCGUCCUCCCACCGCGCCACAGGCCGGAUGGGAGGAGACGGGAGAGGAGGUGCUGACAUGCACGAGGACAGCACCGCCACCUCCUUCAGUGAUGUCACCCUCUACAUGGACGAGGGCUGCCUCCCCUCCUCGCCGCUGUCCCGCCCCACCUCCAACUCUGACACGGAGUACUGGGGAGGAGGGCGAGGAGGAGGUGCAGGGGGGAGGGAGGACAGCAGGGAGACGGAGGGAGGAAGCAGCCGGAGGAGCAGCACGCCCUGUACAGAGUGUCGGGGGGAGUACAGAGGGAGGGCAGGAGGAGGAGGAGGAGGAGGAGGAGGAGGACACCUCCCUGUCCUGACCAUCGAACCCCCCAGUGACAGCUCAGUGGACAUGAGUGACAGGUCAGAGCGCGGCUCCAUCGGACGCCUGGUGUACGAACAGGAGCCGUCGGGAGUCGAGCGAGGAGAGCGGGAGAGGAGGGCGGGAGGAGGGGAGGAGGAGAGCGGGGAGGACGAGCGGGGGGGAGGAGGGGGGGGAAGCAGCGAGGCCGACUCGCCGCAGGGAACCAUCAAACACAAACCCAACGGCCGCUCGGUGGCCACCGCCCAGGGACAGACCCGCAGCCCGGCCAACGUGCCCCCGCCCAUCCCCUCGGCCCGGACCCUGCCCUCACACCCGCUCCCCCACCCGCUGCAACACCCCCACCCCCACCCUCACCCCGCGCCCAUCCCCCACCUCCCCACCAUCCUCCACCACCACCCGCAGUACAGCCAGCCACACGUCACGCACAUGCACCAUGGGCACGGCGGCGGCCCGUACAUGCAGCACCCACACCACUUCAACCAGCACCACUACCACCACCUGCACCACCACCACCUGCCCCAUGGUUACCCAGAACCCCCCUCGUCCCCGCUGCCGUCCCCCGUGCCGCCGCUCACACCUCUCUCCCCCCUGCCGCUGCCGCUCACGCCCUCGCCGCUGUCCUCCUCCUCGGCUCUUCAAAACAUGGAGGCGCAGCAGCAGCAGCACCUCGCCCACCACCCCCACCUCCACCACCACCACCUGCUGUGCUCGGACGGAGACAACGAGAGCGUCAACUCCACCACCACCAACUCCAACGACGACACCACCGUCAACAACUGCAGCUCCGGCUCCUCGUCUCGUGACAGCCUGCGGGAGCCAGCAGGGGGCGCUCCGCUGGGGAAACAGACCUAUCAGAGGGAGAGCCGCCACAGCUGGGACUCACCGGCCUUCAACAACGACGUGGUGCAGCGGCGGCAGUACCGCAUCGGACUCAACCUGUUCAACAAGAAGCCGGAGAAGGGGAUCCAGUACCUGAUCGAGAGAGGCUUCGUGUCGGACACGCCGGUGGGCAUCGCCCGCUUCAUCCUGGAGAGGAAGGGACUGAGCAGGCAGAUGAUCGGAGAGUUCCUGGGCAGCCGGCAGCAGUUCAACAAGGACGUCUUGGACUGCGUCCUGGACGAGAUGGAUUUCUCUGGGAUGGACCUCGACGACGCUCUGAGGAAGUUCCAGUCUCAGAUCAAAGUUCAGGGUGAAGCUCAGCGGGUGGAGCGACUGAUCGAGGCCUUCAGUCAGCGGUACUGUGUUUGUAACCCGGUGCUGAUCCGACAGUUCCAGAAUCCAGACACCAUCUUCAUCUUGGCCUUUGCCAUCAUCCUCCUCAACACGGACAUGUACAGCCCCAACGUCAAGCCAGAGAGGAAGAUGAAGCUUGAGGACUUCAUCAAGAACCUGCGAGGCGUCGAUAACGGUCAAGACAUCCCCAGGGACCUGCUGCUGGGCAUCUAUGGAAGGAUCCAGAAAUGGGAGCUGAGGACCAACGAUGACCACGUGUCCCAGGUCCAGGCAGUAGAGAGAAUGGUGGUCGGCAAGAAGCCUGUCCUGUCGCUGCCUCAUCGCCGGCUGGUUUGCUGCUGUCAGCUGUUCGAGGUUCCCGAUCCGAACCGCGCCCAGAGGAGCAGCGUCCACCAGAGGGAGGUGUUCCUGUUCAACGACCUGCUGAUGGUAACAAAGAUCUUCCAGAAGAAGAAGACUUCAGUAACGUACAAUUUCCGUCAGUCCUUCCCUCUGGUGGACAUGCAGGUCCACACCUUCCAAAACACCUACUACCCUCAUGGCAUCCGACUGACCUCAGCGAACCCCGGGGGGGAGAGGAAGGUUCUGAUCGUCUUCACAGCUCCGAGCCAGCAGGACCAAGCUCGCUUCACCUCCGACCUCCGAGAGAGCAUCGCCGAGGUGCAGGACAUGGAGAAGUACAGGGUGGAGUCCGAGCUGGAGAAGCAGAAAGGUGUGAUGCGUCCCGGCAUGUUGACGGGCGGAGGACCCGGAGGAGCGGCGGGGGGCGGGGCCAACACCGGGGGUGGGCCCGUAAAGGGUGAGGUGCUCAACGGCACCCUGGGUAGGCCGUGCCUCGACGACACGUACGCCUCGGUGGACGGACUCAAACGCACGGCGCUCAGCUCAUCGUUGAGAGACCUCUCAGAAACAGGGAAGCGAGGUCGUAGGAACAGUGUGGGAUCAUUGGACAGUACCAUUGAAGGUUCCAUUAUUAGCAGCCCUCGGCCACACCAGCAGCGCCCCCUGCCUACUGGAGGUCUGUCCUACUGCCCCAUGAUGGUCCCUUCUUCUCCAGCAGCCUACCGGCCACACCGCCCAACUCAGAGCCCCGGUACAGGGGUGGGGGGUGGGCCGGGGCUCUGUCACAACCAGGGAGGGGUCACCACCUCCCCACUGGUGAGCGGGGGAGGGGCUGGGGGCGGAGGAGGGAUGGCGGGUGGGGGGGGCCCGACGGGCGGCGGCCUGCUGGGGAACUUCUUCGGCAGCCGCAGAGGGAAGGUUCCUGGUCCCCUGACGAUGAUGACACCGACUCCUCAGGGUCCUCCGAGUCCCCUGAUGAUAUCAUCACCCCCCCACUACCCCGCCCCCGCGCCUCCCAUCGUCCACCCAUCCUCCCCUUCCCCAGGCCCCUGCCCAUCGCCCCACCUCGGUCCGUCGGACUUGGGCGGAGUUGGAGGGGGAGGAGGUAUGGGAGGGGGAGGAGUUAUGGGAGGGGCACCAUCCAAGCUCCAGGCUUUGCAUGCCCAGUAUUGCCAUGGCAACAGUGGAGGAGGAGGAGUCAGUGUUACUGGGCACCAGCAGCAGCAAACGCCCCCCCCACCCUACCACCAUCAUCACCGCUACCACAUGCAGAGCGUUCCCCAGCACCACCCGCUCGCGCACAGGUUCUCCGGCCCCCGGCGCCAGGGCCCGCCCGGCUGCGUUCCCUCUCAUACCCAGCAGCAUCAGAGGAUGCAACAUGGCCCCGCCCAGCACCCCCGCUACAACCUGGCCUCAGGCUUCACCACGCCCCCUCCGCUGUCCCCACACUCCCCCUUAACCCCUACUACCCCACACGGACUCUACCACUCGCACCCCGCGGCGGGACGACCGGGUGGAGGUGCCAAACUCCCGCUUACCAUCUCGCACUCUCAGCCCCACCCCCACGCUCACACACACUCUCACAACCACGCCGCGCACGCACACUCCCCCCUCAGCCCCUCCCCCUCCGUCUCCCCCUCCACCCACUUCAUCUUUUCCCCCCCACCACCCCAGACACCCUCGGCACGCCUCGUCAGCCAAACGCCUCCUCAGCCUUACGCUCCUCAGUAUCCGCCCCUCUCCUCCAUUCCGCCUCCCCCUCCGCACUCCCCCUUGCCUCCCCCUUCAACAGCACCACUCUCCCCGCACCCAGGGGUGGGUGGAGGGCAAGGGGGGGGACCCAAAUCCAAACCUGUCAGCCGGAUCAGCACGGUGGUCUGA